AUGAAAUUUAUAAUUUUAUUUACAUUUAUUAAACUAUUUUUAUCAUAUCAAGAUACUGUCUUAAAGUAUGACAGUAAUAAAACUUUUAAACCAAGUAAAAAUAUUUCAUUAUAUCCUGGUAGAAUUUAUUUAGAUAAAAUAAAAUUUUUUGAUGGAACAACUAUAAAAUUUGAUGAAAAAAAAUAUUCUAAUAAAUAUAAAACAACAGUAUCAGAAGAUGACAAAUUAAAAAUUGUUAAUUAUAAUAAAUAUUCAACUUUAUCUGACUCAAUAACAAAUUUAGAAAAAAUUGAUUCAACAAAUAAAUAUGUUACACCUGAAGAGUAUUAUAAUUUAGUUAAUUAUAUUAAAGGAAAUGAUAAUUUUAAUCCAUUAAAAAGAUUAGUUGAUGAUUUAACUGAUCCAGAAUAUUAUGAAAAAUCUGUUCAUCCAAGAGUUGACUAUAGAUUACCAACAAGAAUAAAUGUUUCAAUGAGUUUAUAUCAAAUUUUGGAAGUUAAUGAAAGAUUACAAUCUGUUACAAUUAAUGUAUGGAUGAUUCAAGAUUGGUAUGAUGAAUUUUUAAAUUGGAAUCCAACAGAGUACUCAGGAAUACAACAAUUAAUUUUACCAUAUGAUCAAGUAUGGAUACCAGAUACUUAUUUAUAUAAUUCAGAAAGUCUUGAACAAAAAAAAACAGAAUCAUUAAUGAAUGUCAUUAUUACAGCUAAUCCUAAUUCUUCAAAUGGAGCACAUGUUAGAUUAAUGUUUCCAGCAAUCUAUAAAUUUUCUUGUUCAAUGUCAGUAAAAUUUUUUCCCUAUGACCAACAAAAUGUUUCAAUGAUAUUUUCAUCUUGGACACAUGAUUCAAGUAUAAUUGAUUAUCAUUUUACAACAGAAAAUGUAAAUCUUAAAAAUAUGGCACCAAAUGAUGAAUGGGAAGUUUUAUCUUUUAAAUUUUCAAGAAUUCCUGUAAAAUAUAAAUGUUGUGAUAAUCCAUGGGUUAUGUUAUAUGCUCAUCUUUUUAUUAAAAGAAAACCUUUAUAUUAUAUAAUUAAUCUUGUUCUUCCAACAUCAAUAAUAACAGUUGUCGCUGUAACAGGAUUUUUUACACCUAGUAGUUCAGAUAGUGAAAGAAAUGAAAAAUUAUAUCUUGGUAUAAAUACUCUUUUAACAAUGAGUAUAAUGCUUUUAAUGGUAUGUAACAAAAUGCCAUCAACAUCUAAUUAUGUUCCAUUAAUGGGUUGGUAUUAUAUGUGUAUAAUUUUUAUUAUUGUUUUUGGAACAUUUAUGGCAACAUUAGUUUUAUUUUUACAUAGAAAAAAAAUAAAUGUAUCACCAUUACCAAAAGGAAUAAGAAAAAUACUGAUGCAUAAUUAUUUGUGGUGGGUUAUUUUAGAACCACCAAUACAAUUAGUAGAAAUAUGGAUGGAAUAUGGAUAUGUUUCAGAAAAAAGACUAAGUAUUACACAAAUUGAUACAGAAUUAUUACAAUUUUUAGAAGAAUUAACUGAUUCAAAUGAUGAAAACAAAUUAUCAAUUGAAUCACCAGAUUUUUUCAGAGAAAUGUCAAAACGUCUCAAAGAACAUGAUGUUUAUGAAUAUCAAAAAAGAAUGGAUAAAAUAACUCGUCAAUAUGCUUUAUUAUUAAAAGCUAAACAACAAAAAAAUCCCACAAAUAAGGCAAUGACAAAUUUUGGUACACUUCAAAGUACAAUGAACGGUGCAUCAAUAAAAACUAUUAAAAGUACAUCAUCAAACUAUUAUUAUAAUGAAAGAAGAAAUAGAACAAAUACAAUGUUUCAAUUAAAUCAUGUAUUUAUAAAAAAACAAAAAUUAGCCAGAAGAAGUGCUUUAGAGUGGGAAUAUUUAUCUAAUGUUCUUGAUAGGGUACUCCUAGUAAUUUUUACAGUUAUAAGUUUAUCUUUCUUUAUGUUAUUGGCUUUCUUUGACCACAUACAUCCUCAAUUAUAA